AUGCCCUCGCGUCUCCUCCUUUCUGCCCCAGGCCUUCUGUCCCGGCUGGGCCGGAGCGGCGAGAAGCCGUACGCUCCGCUCAACCUGCUGGCGGCCUUUGCAGGGGGCGGUCUCAGCUGCGCUCUGGGGGUCGUCCUGGCUCUGCUGGAGAGGACCACGUCGGGGAAAGGACAGCUCAUCGACGCCAGCAUGGUAGAAGGAGCCGCGUACGUCGGUUCGUUUGCGUGGAAGUCUCGUGGCAUCGGCAUGUGGGACCGUCCUCGAGGGGAGAACAUGCUGGACAGCGGAGCGCCCUUCUACGACACCUACCAGACCGCGGAUGGGAAACACGUGGCCGUGGGAGCCAUCGAGCCGCAGUUCUACACACAGCUGCUGAAGGGUUUAGAGUUGGACGCUGCAGCGUUGCCUCCUCAGAUGAGCGUCUCUGAUUGGCCGGAGCUGAGACGGAUCUUCACACAGAGCUUUGCUUCAAAGGCCCAGGCGGAGUGGUCGAGGGUCUUUGACGGGACCGACGCCUGCGUUACGCCGGUGUUGUCCUUCGAGGAGGUGAGCUCGCACCCACACAACCAGGAGAGGGCCUCCUUCGUGAAGGACCACAGCGGGGAGGAAAGCCCCCGGCCGGCCCCGGUUCUCUCUCGGACCCCUGCGGAGCCGUGCCUGGCCCCCGACCCCGCGAUUGGAGGACACACAGUGGAAGUCCUCGAGGAGUUUGGGUUUACGUCAGCGGACAUAGACCAGAUGCUGAGAGCAGGGGUCGUAGAGGUCAACGCUGUCAAAGCAAAGCUGUAGAGACAUAAUUGAUGUCAGAGAUUUUGACCCCAUAAAAAAACACAAAUUUAUCAUUAAAUACUGAUUUUAAAAUUAAAAUAAAGAAGUUUAUAAACACUCGUGGUUGAAGUUGAUGCUUCAGAAACAAAAGAAGUGGAAAUACAACGCAGGUUUUGUGGUCCACGUCGAAUAUAAAUAUACAGGUUGCAGAUGUUUGUGCAAAUCCAAAGUGCUGCACGGCGAGGCAAUUUAAAAUAUGCAUCACUUCAUUAGUUAUUUGUGUGUAUUGCAUGUUUACGAUAAACAGCAAGCACCUGGAGUGAUGGAAGUCAUCACAUGAGCAGAAAAUAAUAAAUACAAGAUGACAACAAAAUAUAUUUUUGGGGAUUUUUUAAUUUGUUUACUUAUCAGUGGCAUUUAUUAGAUUGUAAUUUAUUUAAUUUGAGGGCCGGGUGCAAUAGUGUCCAUCACUCAUUUAUACUUAAAAUAUUGUUCUGAUGUGUGCACCCGUUUACUUAAGGUUGUAAUACUACAUUAGCCAUCGCCACGAGAAGUAAAUUGACAUUUAAGCCUGGCUGUAUAACAAUUUUGUAAAAUAAUCAUCAUAAAGAUGCAAAUGUGUGAAACGUGAAUGUUGUGUAUGAGCAUGUGAAGUUGAGUUGAAACGGGGAGUGGGAACUGAAUGUUGGAAUGACUUUCAGCUCAACAAUAAGCUUAUGGACUUAAGGUAAUAUGAUGGAGAGCAGAUUAUUGGUUUAUUACAUUGUAUAUUUUGUCUUGAGCCAAUUUGUUUUAAGCUGUCGAGACAAGAACUGACCCAUUGGGAAACUCCAAUGUGGCUCGAAAAUGAGCAUAACAUGUCAAUUUUUGAUUUAUAUUGUAACAAAUAUGAAUACAAUACCUUCUAAAUGUUGCAGAUUGAAGCUGAACCUAUACCUUUUCUGUAUUUUAUAUUAUAUAGAAUAGUAUUGUAUUGCAAUGAUUGACUGAAUAAAAAUACACAAA